GGGGGAGAAUAGGUAGAUUGUUGAGAGAGGAAAUAUUGGCAGUCAUAUCAACUUACCUAUUUAUAUAUUUACUAAAAACCUGGCCCAGCUUUGUCCAGUCAAUCUCCCGCACAGAACAAAAUAUCUUUUUCCCCUUUUUACCAUUCUCCGCCCAAUUUUUAUAAUUUUAAAAUUCUCACUAAUUGGCCAAUCAUUCCAAAAAUCUCCUUAAAUCCCCUAUAAAGAAACCCUCUAAUUAAAACACACAAAUGUCACUAUCCUCCUUAGGCUUUAGCGUUGACAGUAUACUUGCAUUCAACAACAAUAUCAAAAGAGAAAAAGCAUUAAAGAAACAAUUUAAACGUAAAAGCUGUUCAAAACGUUCAACUACAAAUUUUGAUAACCCUCAAAAUGUUUUCAUCAAGGAAGAUGAAAAACAACAAGAGCAGGACAUACAAGAACCACCAAUUUCUCCUUCAAUAUCGGCAGCACAAUUAUGCUUUUCACAUUGGGCUACAACAUAUUUAGAACAGAAUAACGGUAGUCCCUCAACAACAAAAAAUGACAGCAAUUUGCAACAAUCAACACAAACAACAAAUGCUUUUGACCCUCUAAUUUUACAGACACGUAAGAUUGGAAUAUUAAAAAAACUCGAAAUGCAAGUUUAA